AUGGCCAUGGACGUUAACACGGAAUCGUUAAUAGACAACGGCUCGUUGCUCUUCGACGCUACCGGUUACUCGAUAAUGGAGACGGAGCUGGGCAGUGGUCUGAGCGAAGACGCUGAAGCCGCCGUCGAUUGGUUCUUGACGCUGACAUUGGUGGUCAAGACUUUCCUGAUGGGUCUCAUCAUCGCCGCCUCCAUUUUCGGCAACCUGCUCGUCAUCAUUAGCGUGGCCCGCUUCCGCAAAUUGCGCAUCAUCACCAACUAUUUUGUUGUGUCGCUGGCCAUGGCCGACAUCCUGGUCGCAUUGGUCGCUAUGGGCUUUAACGCCAGCGUCAUCAUCUUCGGUCAAUGGAUAUUUAGCUACGCCAUGUGUGAUAUCUGGAACAGCUUCGACGUCUAUUGCUGCACCGUCUCCAUUUUGCACCUGUGCUGCAUCAGUGUCGAUCGCUAUUACGCCAUCUCGCAGCCUCUCAUGUACCCAAUGAAAAUCACGCGCAAAAAAGUGGCCGUCAUGCUGGCCAACAUCUGGACUUGGCCUGCCCUUAUCUCCUUUUUCCCCAUAUUCCUCGGAUGGUACACGACGGAUGAGCACCAAUUGUACCGCGAAAAAAAUCCGCACAGUUGCCGCUUUGUCGUCAACAAAGUCUACGCUCUCAUCUCGUCGAGUAUCUCAUUCUGGAUCCCGUGCACCAUUAUGCUCUACACUUAUUACCGCAUCUAUGAGAUGGCCUCCAGGCAGGAGAAGAUGUUGCUCAAAAACGCCGAUGCGGCUCUGUUGUUCCGCCAGCAGAACCAGCGCAGGAGCGCUGAAAUGGAACAGCAUCAAAUCCACCACAUUCAGCAACAAAAUCAGGAUGGCGCCAGCAUUACGACAGCCGUAGGUGCAGCCAUUAACGGACCCAACAGUGGAAUCCUUCCGGCUAUCCAAGUGACCAAACCGGACGUUCUGCUCGAAGUGAACGGCAAAGCGCAGCAGCAGCAGCAGAACGGAACACCAAUCUCUUCGUCUCCGCCGCCUCCACCGCCGGAAAAUAAGCGCAUCAGCGCUGGUGAUCGCAGCGCUUUGCUGGACAGUGCAUCGGACGCGAAUCGCUACCAGUGUCGUGACGAGACGUGUAGCAACACGCCGACAAUAAGCAAAGACAGUAAACACUUGCAAAAAAUCCGCCGUGAGCACAAAGCCGCCCGGACGUUGGGUAUCAUCAUGGGCGCCUUUGUCUUGUGCUGGUUACCGUUUUUCAUCUGGUACCUGAGCGUCACGCUGUGCGGCGACAUGUGCUACUGUCCCGACAUCGUCGUCGAGGUCCUCUUCUGGAUCGGUUACUUCAAUUCGACUCUCAAUCCGCUGAUCUACGCCUAUUUCAACAAAGACUUCCGGGAAGCCUUCCGCAACACUUUGGUGUGCGUCUUUUGCACGCGGUGCCAGGAUCCGCGCGAGCAGCAACGCGACCAACUGGCCGCCCUCGGUUUCCACCAGCAGCAGCAGCAGCACGGCAAGAAUAAUUUAGGCCGUUUGAGCGUAGCGUCAGCCGAGAAUCAAACGAGUAGGACGAUCAGGCAUUCCAGUGGCGAUACCAUCGCCGGCAUUGAGAGGAUCGAUCACAAGCGGCUCAGUGGGGUCGCCGUCCAGAAUCUCUAAGGAAAAAUGAAUAAAAAUGAAAUAAAGACUGGAUGAAACACAAAUUUCGUUGUUAAAUCGAAUGAUCAAUGUGCAGACUGAAUAACGAGAUUGCAUUUUAUUUUAUUUUUUUGUUCCCCGUUAGAGUGAAAAGACAAAAUCCAAUUGAAUUCACAAGGAAGCAAGGCGCAGAGAGAUUUCCGCCUCUUGUUUCGAUUUUACAUUUCGUGUAAUAGGAAAAAAUAAUUUAACUUUUGGUCAUCCAUUUCGUUGUGGAUUGGACAUCAUUCCCACUUGUCUUCGACCCUCGACAAUUGUUGGUACUAAAUUACAGGGACCCCAAACGACGUGUACAUACUGCAGUAUUACAGGGUGAAAGACAACAUUUCCUAAAUAUCGAUCCGGUUUUUCCUAAUCUUUUUUUUUUUUUUGAGAUCAUUUAAGGAAAUGACAGGCAAACCCUUCACCUACCACACCCUCAAAGAAUUAUGGUGUUAUAAUCACAUAAUCUUUUUCCAUUUUUUUUUGUACAUAUAAAACAAUAAAAUAAAAUCGAAGAGAAAAAAAAUGGGGAAAGAUACGCGCUUAUAUUUCUCGACAUAUGACGAUAUAUUUUCAAAUAAAAUGGAUAUUAUACCCACCGGUAUUAUGACGUGUGUUAGGCAUCAAAGCCCUGCUCUGUUGUGCAUUUGGAAUCGUAAUUUUUUAAAAAUAAUUUUAGUAAUAAUAAAAAAAUUAAUACGGCAAAGAUCCGCUCGACCUCUCAAGUGUGUGAUUGCGGAAAAAUGGGGAAAAAGGAAGCCGUCAGAAACGUCACAAUGAUUUAUCCCCUUUUUUCCUUCGGAUUUUUUCAGUUUUUUUUUUUUUUAAAUCAAAAGUUCAAAUGUUUUUCUAUUUAUUACCGAAAAAAGAAAAAAGAAAAAAAACUUAACGGCAAUGCAUCCGACUUUAAUUGAAAUUAGCGCCAAGUGUAAUUUGAUAGCACAUCCCCCCCUCCUAGUCAAUUCCUUUAUAAGUUUACACACACACAUACCAAAAUGUUCAGAAAAAUCACGUCGCUGCGCGCCAUUGUUUCCCGUUAAUUCGAUUGUUCGCCAUUUUGCUAUUUGAUCCUUGUAUAAGCUCUCGUCAGUCUCGCAAACACACAAGCGAUUUAAAAAAUAAAAAAUGUUUAUGGUACUCCUCCAAUGUUUUUGUGAUUGCAUCACCAUCGUUGCUUGAUAUGACAUGUACGACUUCUCUUUCUAUUUCACCCGCAUCCCCCCCCCCUCCAUCAUGAUGAAAAAAAUGAAACGUCUCGCUGCGCAAAACCCGAAAAAUUAGAGACACUGGGCGAGUUUUUUUUUUUUUUUUUUGCCUACACAUUAUAUGGGGAAUUUAUAAAAACACCUCUUUGUACAUGAUUCCGUUCUGUUUCUAUAUAUGGUGUAUGUGUACAUAUAUAUACAAGUUACGUCUAUACUAUGACACGGAUUAAAUUUAAUCAAAUAAAAGAAAAAAAAACAAUAAAAUUCUACAAACUA